AGAUACUGACAUUCCCUCUGGGGUGAAACAAGCUUGGGAAAUGCCAGGUGCUGUAUCCCCGCCUGGGUGCUUCACGCCGCUCAUCAACAUCCCGAGGACGCUAAGAAGUCCCUUCACUCUAAGCCAGGCCUCGCCACCGUUUGCCCGUCACACUCGGCCAGGCGUUAGUGCCCGCGGAGCCGUACCCGCUGGGCCAUGAACUUCAGGGGAGCGUGCCAGGCGCCCCGGCCCCGGGGGCUGCCCUCACGGCUGCCAAGGCCGCCGGCCUCUCCGCCUCACCACUGACUGUGUGUGGCCAUUGGGAAAGUCCGGCAUCAUCUUCCUCACUUGCCUAAAAAGAAAAAAGGUAUAAACGCUUCCCUGGCAAGGCGUCGAGAAGACUCCAUGAAUGAAGUAAGGAGUUUCUUUCUGUGUCCGCGACAGAGAACACAGCCGAGGCUGCAGGUUCUCCUGCAUUUACACAGGAAGUUCUUACAACGAGCUGCCUGCCAGCCGCCCUUCCCCAGAUCCCGAAUGCAACCCUGGCCAGGUGGCGCAGAGAACAGUCACUCUGCUGGUCAUGCUGAGCUCAUACCCUGAUGGAUGUUGGAUGAGGUCAAGACUGGGUCCCCUCCCUUCUCCCACUUUACCAAUGCCUGAUCUCAUGGGGUUAGUUUGGAGCCCACCACUAUGGCAUCAUCAACCUCCAUGCCAGCUCCUUGUUCCAGGUCCAAGAAGCCUCUGGGCAAAAUGGCUGACUGGUUCAGGCAGGCCCUGUCGAGAAAGCCCACAAAGACGCCCGUCUCCCCAGAAAACACCCGCAGUGACGGUUCACAGCCGAGCUCCUCGGACAGGCCCCCACCCCUGGGCCCCAGCUCAGAGGCGUCUCCCACCCCGCCACCGACACACUCGGGCGCCCACGGCAGCAGUAGCAGCAGCAGCGGCCGCUGGAGCAAGGACUAUGAUGUGUGCGUGUGCCACAGCGAGGAGGACCUGGCGGCCGCCCAGGAGCUGGUCUCCUACCUGGAGGGCAGCGCUGACGGCCUGCGCUGCUUCUUGCAGCUUCGCGACGCAGACCCCGGCGGCGCCAUAGUGUCCGAGCUGUGCCAGGCGCUGAGCAACAGCCACUGUCGCGUGCUGCUCAUCACACCGGGCUUCCUCCGGGACCCGUGGUGCAGGUACCAGAUGCUGCAGGCGCUGAGCGAGGCCCCCGGGGCGGAGGGCCGCACCAUCCCCCUGAUGUCAGGCCUCAGCAGAGCCGCCUACCCCGCCGAGCUCCGAUUCAUGUACUUCGUGAACGGCUGGGGUCCCGACGGUGGCUUUCGCCAAGUCAAGGAGGCUGUCACGCGGUAUCUGCAGACCCUCAGCUGACACUUCUCACAUCAACACGGAUGCAGACAGUUGGAGCAAAGCUGGAAAUGGAGUGAGAGGGCCUAGGACCCUGGGUUCCAUACAUGUGCCAAGUUGUGAGGAGUAAGUUUGCAGCACUUUGUAUGUGACCCUGGGAUCAGAUUGUCUGUGGCCUCCAUAACCAUGGGCUCCCAGGAAGGUCCCGGGGAAGCUGGGGACUCCCCCAGGAAGGCCUGGGGAAGCUGGGGACUCCCCCAGGAAGGCUGUGAGGGAGCUGGGGACUCCCCCAAGAAGGCCUGGGGAAGCCAGAAAGUGGAGGUGGAAGGAAGCGUGAUACCAAGACAUCACCCACACGCUGCCUCCUGCGUGACUGGACGUGAAGCCUGGCACAUCGUGCCCAUGUCUUCUUCCCCUGGAAUCGGGCACUGGUGUCUAGGUGCCUUCCUCCUGAAGAGGUGGCUCACCUGAGUAAGGAGCUGGAAGCCUGGACUGCGCGCCUCAGCUGGGGGGUUUUCCCAGUUGCCUGCGGAAGCCCUGAACAGGUGUCAGGAGAGAACAACAGGUAUAGCGUCUUUCACACUCACACUCUUGCCGGCGUCUCCCAGUGAGUCGUUCACUUCCGAAAGCUGCAUGGAAGAUGCCCUCAGCACGUCUACAGGACAAAUACUGUCCUGUAUUUGUUUUCACUGCACGCCUGUCAUUAAAGACUCACACCUAGAAAUGAGUCUGAAGAGGGGACAGAAGAGGGGAGGGAGCAGGUGGGGUAAAGAGGAGGAAAGCUCAGACCCUUUAGCUGGGAUCAAAAGCCCACCCACCAAUGCUCUGAUAUAUGGGGGCCUCAUCAGGCAUCUGGCUAGAACUCCUGCUUUUACAGUAGUUCCUUCACCUCUGCACUCAGAGGAAUCAGUGUAUUUCUUCUGGCAGAUCGAUGGUCUACCUUGUAGGACAGGCAGAGUUUCAUUCAUCCGUUCUUAGUAAAACUUGGUUGUUGAACUGCAAUGAAUUUAUGAUUCCCCUGAUGUGUACUUUUGUGUCUCUCCUCCCUCUUCCCCCACCACAUCUCCUCCUUUUACUGAAAAAAAUGUAUAUAUAUAUAUAUAUAUUAAAUUGAGAUAUAAUUGACAUAUAACAUAUUAGUUUUAACUGUACAUGAUUCUCUAUUUGUAUAUAUUGUGAAAAAAUUUUAUUUUUAAUUACAAAUUAUCUUAUUACAUACAAAAGGACUAAAGAAUAAUGCAGUGUACACUCACGUACUCAACACCCAGCUUAGAAGCCAAACCUCACAAUCCCCAUGUUGCUCCCUUUGUGCCCUUACAUUCUCUUCCCUACUCCCACCAGAAGUAACCACUAUUCUGAAUUUUGAAUUUAUCAUUCUUAGCUUUUCUCUAGAAAUUUAUUACAUAUGUAUGCAUCCCUGACAAUAUAUUAACUUUUACAUGGUUUUACACUUUACAUAAAUGGUGUUAUAUUCUGCAAAUUCCUCUUUUUUUUUUUUUUUUUUUGCCAUGUUUGUAAGAUGUGUCCAUAUUGAUUCAUGGAGCUGCAGUAAAUUCACUUUCAUUCCGUUAUGUAAAUAUACCACUAUUCAGUCGCACAUGUUUUUACAAGUGGACAUUUGGUUGUUUCCAGUUUUUUUGCUGUUGAAAACAAUGAGCCUGUGAGCAUUUUUAUUCUUGUGUAUGUUUCCAAGAGCAAGAUUUUCUAGGAUUUAACCUAGAUGGAGAACAGCUGGGUAGUGAAGCGUGCGCACCUUCAGUUCUGGUAGAAGAUACCAAAUUUUCUUCCAGAUUGGUUGUGCAAUUUAUGUUCCUGCCAUUUGUGCAUAAGAGUUGCCACUUUUGCAUGUUCUUGCUAACAUUUAGAAUUAUCAGAUUUUUUAAAUUUUAUUUUUUUGCCACGCUGCACGGCUUGUGCGAUCUUAGUUCCCUGACCAGGGAUUCAACCCGGGCCCCGGCAGUGAGAGCACCGAGUCCUAACCACUGGACUGCCAAGAAAUUCCCUAGACUUAUCAGUUUUUUAAGUGUUUAAUAAGCUGGUGGAUGAACACUGGUAUCCCAUUGUCAUAAUAUUCUUUUUUUCCUUUUGACUUUUUUUAUUAAAAAAUAUAUAUAUCAUACACUAAAAGGAAGAAGGAAGUUUGAUGAACCCCCAUAUACCUAUCACCCACUUUCAACAAUUACCAACUCAGAGAUAAGCUUUUAUUAAUAAUAACCUUACCCAUUAGUCAACCGAAGAUCAUUUUGAAGCACAUCGCAGGUAUUAUUUUAUUCUAAAUAUUUAAGUAUGUCUCUCUAAAUUAUUAGAAGUUUAAAAAAAAAUGACCACCAUAUAACAGUAUCUUUUAAAGAACAGAAGCUUUAUUUUUUAAUGUGAAAACUUUUAUCUAUUACUUUGUAGUCUGUGCUUUUUGUGUCUUCUUUAGGAAAUCUUCCCUACUCCUGUAGUUUCUUCUGGAAGUAUUUCACAUUUAGGUCUUUAAUCCACCUGGAUGUUUUGUUUGGGUUUGUUUUUGUAGCUCUUGGUUUAUAAGUUAGAGAUACUUUUUUUUUUUUCAUUUGAAUAGCCAUUAUUUACUGACUAGUCCAUCCUUUCCCCACUGAUUGUGAUGUCACUGCUGUUAUACGUUGUCAUACGUGAGGGUCUGCUCCUGGGUUCUCCAGCCUCCUCCCUUUGUUGAUGUAUCCCUGUGUCAGUGGCACCGUGGCUUAUGUACUGUUGUUGUUAGUAAACCUGGAUAACUUAAUAGUCAGCUCUUCCCAUUCCUCUUAAUCAUGAAAAUCACUUCCACCCUUCCUGUUCCUUUACUCUUUCAUGUAAAUUGUUUAUUCAGUUUGUCAGAUUCCAGGAAAAGGCCAGUUAAUAUUUUUAUUGGACUUACAUUGAGUUGAGAGAUUAAUUUGGAAAGGAUAGAUUUUUUAAUUAUAUUGAAUCUUUCUCCUAAUAAAAAUGGCAUGUCUCCAUUUAUUCAUGUCUUUAAAUGUAUUUCAAUAAAAACUUUAUAAAUCUUU